UGGCAACACACAUUCUCUUUGAUCUUCAUUUUUUACCAUGUAACAGUGUCAGUCUCAAAUAAACCCAAUUUAAAAUUACUAAAAGUGACUUCUCAUUUAUUGAACACAACAAAAUGGUGCCGAAAAACAGUCUACAUCUCAAGAAAGUGUUAUUUCGACAAAGUGGUAGUGAACUUGUGUAAAAACAUCAUGUAGCAGUUUCGUCGCGCGGAGGACAUUUUACAGAAGCCACGAAGCCAUUCCGAUCACGUGACCAAGUCCUGACAUUUCAACGCAGUACACUGCAUGUCGGGUCACAUCAGCGCACGCCCACCAAACUCAUCGGAUCAAUCGUGCACAACCGGCGAUGUAAAGCAUAAUAAGUUCUUACCACAGACAAUGACAUAAAAGGAUUGAAAUUUUUCUUCAUUCAUUCAUUCAAAAAAAAUAGCAACGUAAUGCAGUGAAUAAAAACAAACGCUUCUUUUUUAUUGAUAUUGCCCGACGGAUUUGCCUGGUCAGUCCUCUAAAUAAUAUUACUUGUAUCGCAACAGUACAGUGCAGCAAUAACACUGCAUGUCUAACAUUUCUUCGGAAUCAAAUACUUCGACGGAGUGGUACGACGAAGAAGAACGUGACGAUAGAAUGGCGGAACAGGUAAAGCGUCUCAAUAUAGCACGUGGCCAGUGCAAGGCCACCAUAACAAGAGCUGAAAAAUUCUUCACGGACACCCCGUUAGAAUCAAUAACGACAGAGGACUUGCAGAUCAGGCAAAAAUCAAUUUGCGCGGCAUAUGAAAAAUACCAAUCGCUUUCCAUUGACAUGCAACUUCUUGAUGUAGAAGUCGAUGCAGAUGAUGAAGAGAUGGAAUCACGCUACACUAAAUUAGAAGUUACCAUACAACGUCUGCUAUCCAACUCUGUGACCAAAUGUGGCCAGGCGAAAACUACUGAGGCUAACCAUUCUGCGGCUCAUCUAACGUCAUUGGAGAUACCAGUUUUUGAUGGAAGGGACAUCUCUCUUUAUAAACCAUUCAUGGAAAUGUUUGAGGCCGUUGUACAUCAUGAUAACCGGCUGUCAGAUGUCCAGAAAUUAUGUUUCCUCAAGAAAUAUGUACGGGGCGAGCCUCUACAACUGAUAGAUAGUUUACCGAUCGUUGGAGUCUCCUACACUGAUGCUGUAAGUUUGUUGAAGAAACGGUACGACAAUGAAGCUUUGCUGAUACAUAACCAUGUCUGCAACUUACUCGAUCUGCCUGCUGUGCAGAGAGGAACAGCUCAACAGCUAAGGGAACUCACCGCUAAAGUGAGGUGUCCCUACUCCUGGAUGUAAACGUCUUCUUUCGAGCGGUGAAGGAUGGCAAGAUCGAGUGGGGCCCAUCGGAUCCGAUACUACUCAACACUCGUUUUGGAUACAUCGUCUCAUGCAAUUUUCCAAAACACAACAACGGUUAAAAGCUGAAGGAGCUAAGCAGCUCAUGGGCUCUCUGCCCAAGGACAGAGUAAAUCCUGCCAGGGUCUUUGAGAAGGUGGGCCUGGACUAUUGCGGCCCAUUUGAAGUGAAGCAAUCAACAGUAAGGCGAAGCAUAGUGUCUAAAGGCUAUGUUCUUGUGAUUGUUUGUUUCACAACAAAGGCUGUACACUUAGAAGUUGUGUCAGACAUGACCACUGAGGCCUUUCUCGCAGCCCUUAAGCGCUUCAUAGCUCGCAGAGGCUUACCUUCAGAUAUCUAUUCAGAUAAUGCAAAAACAUUCAAAGGUGCUCAUAAUAAGCUUAAUGACCUUUAUAAACUUGCAAAUAGUAGUGAUUUUCAAAAUUCAGUAAGUAACUUCACUGCCAAUAAAGGCAUUCAAUUCCAUUUCAUACCUGACUACAGUCCCAACCAUGGUGGCUUGUGGGAAGCUGCGGUAAAGUCAGCAAAAUAUCAUAUGAAGCGUAUUGUUGGAUUAAAAACUUAUACUUACGAGCAGCUUUCCACCAUAUUUACAGAGAUUGAGGCCGUUCUCAAUUCUCGGCCCAUCACCCCCAUGUCUCAGGAUCCUUCAGAUUUUUCCUGCCUAACACCAGGCCAUUUUAUAAUAGGUUGUCCUCUUACAUCGUACCCAUGUCCAGAUCUCACUGAGAUCCCUAUCAACAGACUUAAGUUUUGGCGGUCCUGUGAGCAAGCUCGACAGCAUUUUUGGCGGGCCUGGUCGCAUGACUACUUGUCAAGUCUUCAUCAGAGGCACAAAUGGCAAUAUGAGGUAAAUAACAUUAAAGAAAACAUGGUAGUUUUGCUAAAACACCCAUCCACCCCGCCUCUUCAAUGGCCUCUUGGCAGGAUUUCUAAGGUUUAUAUUGGUGAUGACAACAAAGUACGUACAGUACAAAUUGUAACUGCUGAUCAUAAAUAUCACACUAGGGCUGUGUCAAAGAUUGUUAUUCUGCCUACAGAAAACUAACAUGAUGUACUUAAACUAGUACGCUAAUUAAUUUUAAGUUUAGUUUAAGUUUGCUCGUAGGACUUCAUUUAUGAUGUGUAGUUUCAAGCUUGCUUGACUACGAUGCCAAGAGUAUUAUGUACCUAUCUUAUUUAGUGGUUUCACUACCCACCUGGUGUUCAUACAUCUUCUCUUUAACUUAUGUAAAGUAUAUAUACAAUGUGAAACAUAGUGUUCAUACACCUAUCUUUUGCUUGUAUAAAGUUAGUUAUGUAUCCAUAUACAUGUCAAUAAUUAGUACCUAUCUCAAACUAGUACUAUAUGAUUAACUUUUCUCACAUUGUUGCUGUCACUUUACCUUUUAUAACUUACCUAUACCUAUUUUAGUAUUCAUAGGUCAAUUAGACAAUU